AUGAAUAGAAAGAAGAGGAUUAAACUAUUUAUGAUGAUAAUUGACACGACUGGAAUAACCUUUUUUGUGAAAUUAAAACCUAUUGAAAUACAAAGGCAGUCAAAAUUGCUAUAUUAUCCACUUGAAUUUCAAUUAGAAAUAUGGGGUCUCUUCAGGAUCUGGUCAGAUGAUAUAUAUUAG